AAAAAUAGUCUGGAUUACAUUUAAUUCGUGAUAAAUUGUGUGUGUUGCUAUUAAAUUGUGCUCCUAUGUUCUUUUUGGAUUACUUUUAAGUGAGAAAAUAUAAUUAAUUACAGAAUGUGUGAACGUUGACGAAGAUGAUCCCGAUAAAAGCGGUAGUGUGGUUGGCAAACCUGUUAAUCCUAGCGGCAACAGGAGCCGAACACGUCCGCCAGCUCGAAAUAUCCGAAGGAGUACCAGUAGGAACAAGAAUCGAUUUCAUAGGCGACGGUGCGUCACCCGACAGCGGUCCUCCUUAUUUAAUAGUACCCGUGACAAGCACCGUAGAAACAGAUCUAUCCAUCGAUCAUAAUACGGGAGAAAUACGAACUAAAGUACCUUUGGAUCGAGAAACGAGAGCUAGUUAUUCCUUGGUAGCGAUAUCGAUAGUGAGCGGUAACAACGUCGAAGUUAUUGUUAAGGUUUUAGACGAAAACGAUAAUGCUCCUACGUUUCCAGUGGCUGUGAUGGAUAUAGAAUUUCCGGAAAAUACUCCUAGAGAUGUUAAAAGAACGUUACAUCCAGCACGCGAUCUAGAUCUCGAUAUUUACAACACGCAAAAGUAUAAUAUAGUUUCGGGAAAUAUAAAUAACGCUUUUAGACUAUCGUCUCAUAGAGAACGCGAUGGUGUUCUUUAUUUAGAUCUACAAAUCAACGGCGUAUUAGAUAGAGAAACAACAGAUUCUUAUACUUUAAUAAUUGAAGCGUUAGAUGGAGGUACGCCGCCUCUAAGAGGCGAGAUGACAGUUAAUAUAACCAUACAAGACGUCAACGAUAAUCCGCCGGUGUUUAAUCAGAGCAGAUACUUCGCUAGUAUACAAGAAAACGCUACGAUCGGUACUAGCGUGUUAAAAGUAACAGCUACCGAUGCCGAUGCCGAUGAAAACGCACAAAUUGAAUAUUUCAUCAAUAGAAGACAAAGCGAUAAAGAUAAUAUGUUUCGAAUCGAUUCUUCUACCGGUUUAAUUCACGUUAAUAAACCUCUGGAUUUCGAAUUGAAGGAAUUGCACGAAUUGGUAAUAGUUGCUAAGGAUCACGGUUUACAACCGCAAGAAACGACGGCUUUCGUUUCGAUAAAAGUGACUGACGUUAACGAUAACCAACCGACUAUAAAUGUUAUAUUUUUGAGCGACGACGCUACUCCGAAAAUAAGCGAAUCGGCUCAACCUGGCGAAUUCGUAGCGAGGAUAAGCGUCCACGAUCCCGAUUCGAAAACCGAUUAUUCCGACGUUAACGUUACACUUUCAGGAGGCGACGGUCACUUUGGUCUAACCACCAGAGACAAUAUAAUAUAUUUGGUUAUAGUAUCUCUACCUUUAGAUAGAGAAUUGAAACCUAAUUAUACUUUGAAUGUCGAAGCCACCGAUAACGGUAAUCCUCCUCUUCGAGCUACAAGAACCAUCGAUCUACAAGUAACGGAUAUAAAUGAUAACGCUCCAGAAUUCGAUCAGGAUGUUUAUAAGGCGAACGUUAUGGAAGUUUCGGAUCCGGGUACGUCGGUUUUACAAGUUAUCGCCGUCGAUAAAGAUGAAGGUAAUAAUAGUGCUAUUAGUUAUUCUCUUCUCGAUACUCCGGAUACGCAUUCGGGAUGGUUCCGUAUCGAUGCUAGAAGUGGUUUAGUGACUACGCGCACUCAUGUCGAUUGUGAAACUGAUCCAGUGCCUAAAUUGAUAGUAGUGGCUACGGAUAACGGUUUUCCGCCGUUGUCUUCAUCGGCGACAGUGUUAGUGACUAUUCAUGAUGUUAAUGACAACGAGCCUAUCUUCGAUCAAAGCUUUUAUAACGUGUCCGUGGCGGAGAACGAACCCAAAGGGCGAUGCAUUUUAAAGGUGAGAUAAAUCGAAGGA